AGGACCUCAAAGCGCCAUGAUGAUUUUUAAAUUCUGUGUUGGCGCUGGUUGGUUCUCUCUUCCUGCUGCUUUUCGAUAUUCAGGCGUUUUGGUAAGUAAAGACCAUUUAUGUUAAUAAUAAAAUAAUAAAUAUUAAUUUCACAAUAGUUUUUUUAUGAAAUGGAAUGUUCUCCGUUUUAGACCAAUAGUAAUUUGGUAAUUUUUUUGCUAAUUGAGGUUGGCGUAAUUUGCAUUUUUGUGUGUGGAGCGCUUACGAUAUACGGAAUGCAGAGAUUAAUACAAACUUCAUGGGAAGUUGCUCGAAGGUAUUUCACAGAUAUAAUAGUAAACAUUACUAUCUUGUUUGCCGCAAAUCCUUACUCAGAGAUUCAGAGGGUGAAGCAAGCGGGCAUAGUUAAAGAUUUACAUGUGGGGGGCCAUAAUUUGGAAAAGGGCCCAUUGAACGAGCGCCAAGACACGAGUUUGGUACGGGGGUCCGUGUAUCGCACCCUCCCCCGGAUAUAUUUUAACUCAAAGCUACUAUAAUGUAUAAAAGUUAAAAUUUACAAACAGACGAAUCCCUAAAGAAUUUCUUCAUAUACUCUCAUUAACAAUGAUAAAAUACAUGUAGGCAAAGACUUACUACAUUCACAUUUCAUGAUUUCACACAAAAAGUGUGUUAAAAGGGUCCAAGGAGUGGAUGGCCAAUUUUGCUUGAGUCUAUGGGGGCCAACAGGAGGGCCUGGCCAGUAUAUAUGUUAACAUAUGCCUUGGAGUGAAGGCGUGUUUACGGUGCAAGUUCCAUUGAAUUAUUAUUAACAUAGUAGACAAGGGAAAUCCUUUCUCAAAUCAUCUAAAAUGACGUUAGGUAAAAACUGCCUGGCGUAUUUCCUUUAUUUAGUCCGACCUUGGGGCUUAUAUUGACAGAGGGCACAUUAGAAGGGAGCUCUGGGUAUUAAAUAGAGGCUGGGGACUUUUUGUUAAGAUCGUUUUUUAAGCACGUUAAAACAUUCGCAUCCGAUCUAUAUCAGAUAUAAAGAUCGGCUGCUCAUGUUUUAACUAGUACGUAUUGAGCUGUCUGAUCUUUCUUUAAACUCUGGCGCUAGUUUCCAACCAAACAUUUAAAUAUAAUAGUUUUGUUUGUGGAAACACCACGUAAAUUUAUUACUGCAAAGCUUUCGAUCCGUAAGCCCGGAUCUUCAUCAGUGCUAAUAAUAUGUGACUUGUUUAAUUCACACGCCCUUUUUAUAUGCAAAAGUGUCCGGGCGUGACCAACAGAUCAGGCCGGACACUUUUGUAUAUAAAAAGGGCGUGUGAAUUAAACAAGUCACAUUAAUUUAGCACUGAUGAAGAUCCGCGGGCUUACGGAUCGAAAGCUUUGCAGUAAUAAAUUUACGUGGUGUUUCCACAAACAAAACUAUUAUAUGUUUUAUCGCCAUGCAAACAUACAAACAAACAUUUAAAGUUUAAAAUUACUUUAAAACUUGUCACGUUAUACCAAAAUAAUAUGUCUCCUUUUUUGUCAAAAUUAAUAAGAUGGUUACAUUCAUGUGUUUUGAGCAUUUCGUUUUGAGUUAAUUAAUAUAAAUAUACAAAACGUUUAUAAUCUGCCUGUUCUUUCGAAGAGGCUAGACUGCGUGUAUAAUGACUCAGCUGCACUAACAGACUAUAUCUUCCGAAUAACUUGAGUAUAAAUAUCUAUAUAUUUUAUACUUUUAUUAGUACCCAUCUUAUAUAUGAGUUCAUUGGCGAAGUAAUUUUAAAAAUAAACAUUGUCUAAGCCGAGAAAAUCAAAGCAAAAGUUUAUAUAAAUCAGGACAAAUCUUUAUCAGAUUUACAAACAUUGAUUAAACAUUCCGUGGCAUUUCUUUUGUAUUUUUCUCAUGAAUUAUUAAUGAGUUUUUUAGAAUUUUCAUGAUUGCUAUGCGUUGCUAAGGAAAUAUAACUGACUAGUCCAGUCAUAUAGUAGCCCAAGCAAUGCGACUAUAUGAUUUACAUGUAAGUCAUAGUCGCAUCGCCAUUGUUGUUUUACAUUUGGCAAAAUAAGAUAAUUCUUGUUGUCCCAUUAUACUUUUUAAUUUUAUGAUAUGCAAACCGAGAAAGAAACACAAAACACCAAUCAAAAAGCAUAUAAUACAGUUAUUGAAACGUAAAAAUAUUAUUUGACUCACCCUAUUAUUGUUAAUUUGUGUUGGUCUACGUAUACAGCAGGAUUUUGUUUCUUUUUUUAGCUGCAUGCAUUUCGAAGGGAAAUUAUAGUUAAUACCACUGAUUUUUGGACUACUAUGCUCAGAUACGAUUUCGGCUGGAACCUGUAUUGUGAUUGGCUAGAACGGUCGUGCUAAUUUAUAUUGCAUAUUUAUUUGCCAAAAUGAUGAUUAAUUUUUUAGAAGAUUCCACUUACCCUGCAAAAUGGCUGUGGAUCGAGGAGGCAGAUUUUUUCAGCCCAUUUGUACUGGGGCUUAAAUAGAAGGCGGGCUAAAUAAAUUCUAGGGGAUAAAUAGAGGAAAUACAGUAUCUUACGGGAAAAGGUUGCCAUAGGUCCACGCACAUAUAUCGUGGGUAUUCCCCAGGUAUUCCCACACAGUACAUGUGUUGAAUUUCUGCAGAACCGGAACUGACACAGCUUAUUUUGGCGAUAUUGGUGCUGCCUGUGGAAAGUUAUUGAGCGAAAAAUGUGAAUUGAUUGGAAGGUGAGAAUGUUUGAAUAUAUAUACUAUACUAUAGCCUGCGUAGCAGCAGCUUUAAUUUUUGAAGGUUUUGAGGCUUUUUCAAAAAUCCUCAAAAUCUUUAAAAAAAUAAGUUACACAAUUAAAUGUUCGGCAUUUUGACACGCGGUGUAAAGGACUGUGUAAGAUAAUGCAUGUGGAAUCUAGGCACUCUCUGCCAAUGGGGAUGGCAACAUGGGGACAACGAUUACGCAAAAAUUGCUUGUUGAUUUAAUAUAAAAUGGUGCCAUUCAUUAACAAUCAUGUACAUUUGGUAAUGUUGCUUGAUGGUAAAGCUGGCGCUUCUCGACUCAGUUUCAGUUAGGUCGACUACAGUUGUGCGCAAUCUUUUGCUUGUUCAUGUUUUGCACUGCAUCAUGGUCUACCGUCCCAUGCAAUGCAACUCGCCAAAGAAAAUUUGGAGAAAAGGCACGAUAGAAAGUAAAAAAAUAAUAUUUUCAACACGAUUGCGUUAGUUUCACUCUAUUUUCCAGCAGACGUCCAAUAAUUGUUUAUUGGUUCGGUAUUAAAGAACAUAUCGUACACGAACAAAACAAUUUCGUAAUUUUCGUAACUUUAUUAUAUAACCGUAUAUAUUUAUUGCUUUUUUUGCUAGGCUGAUUGUCAACAUUAUUCUUUCGAUUGCCGCCUUCUCGAUGGCAUUUCCAAUGAUGCUGUUUAUUGCAGACAUGUGGAAACAGGUUCGUAGAUCAAUCUCGCAAGACUCCCUCUUUGCCUUCGAUUGUACUAUUACACUCCUUCACUUCGUUGUUGUUGAGCAUUCUGUGAAGUUUAAUAGGUGUCAGUUGGCGAUAAUGCAAACCUCACCUCCCUUGUGGUCGUUUGUACAUUCUCGCCCCAUUACACCCUGCGAAUGUCUGGAUGCGUUGGUGUCUCUGUGUUGUAGGCCCACGACAUGCACUUAUUGAGAACAAGCUUAUAUGUAUAAAGGCAAUGUCUCAUUCACGUAUCUGCACGUGCACAAAGCUGCUCUGAUAACGUACAGGACGCCGAAACAUGCAUGUCUGCGGAUUUUAACAAUUUGGUUUUCUCUUUCGUUUUGGCAGGCGUUUGAGGAGCAAGAUAUUGUUCAGUUGGACAUAGCCGUUUGGAUACUUAUUGUAUAUGUGCUCGUCUUGCCAUCAAUUUUCAUACGGAGACCUGAUUUUCUUGCUUGGGGCUCAAUCAUUGCCAACAUCUUCGAAGUCAUUACGAUAACUGCUGUGUUUGUGAAUGUUUUUUCUACAUCAUCAAGUUGGAAAGUAAACAACACCGUGCAGUGGUCAAAGCUGCCAUUAACCAUUGGGGUUGUCUUUUUUGCGUUCGAAAUUGCACCAUUUGUAAGAUAUAGAUCAUUUUUCUUAUUAUACAGGGUGUAUAAAAAAAAACUGAACAGAUUUGAAAUUGCUCUCAAUUUCGCAAAACACCUAUUUGUAUCCGGUUUUUUAUAUGUAUAGCUUCUUUGGGUACUUGUAAUGUAGAAUAAUGAAAAAAAAAUUCUCAAACUCAAAUUUUGUGGACCAGGGAGGUGUGUCUUUUCCAACAAACUAAAAAUGGCUCGCGCACAAAAUUCAAAAGAUGUAAUCAUAUUUUGAGUUUAUAGAUGGAAACUUUGUCUGGUUUUUAAUUACUGUACAAAAUUUC